AUGCCUUCGGCACUGUUCACAGCCUCGCAAUCAAGAUGGGCUUUGCAUAUCCUCGUCGGUGUUCUCUCAGCGGUGGCAAUUGCUUCUUCUGCUCCACCAAGUGCCGGAGGAGCUGAGAUGUAUAGCGGUCAGGCGGGUGAUAUCAGAGGGUUGACCGUCAUCUUGGGUUCUUGUGGCUUAGGAGGUGUCUCCAUUUUACGAGCUGCUAAUGUAUUACUACCCAAACCAUGGAGAAUAUACGUGGAUCGACUAGAAUUCACCAUAGUGGCUAUGCUUUGGAUAUGUUGGACUUCCGCAACCAUGGCUUUCUCAGCAUUCACCCUUGAAAAAGGAGUAUGUAGCUUUGAGAUUUCCGAAGUGUUUUUACCCAAUUGUCCUUUAUUAACAUUCGACCUAGCCCUUCUUCAUCUCCUCUCUUCGACCACUUUAUCUUUAUUACUCGUCAUCCUCUCUACCGCCCUUUCACCGAAUUACUAUCUACAAUAUUCGAAUAUGGAUCCCUCCGAAGAGAUCGCAACUAAGGAUGUUAUUGAAUCGGAUGUGUUCGUGAUGUGGGAAAUGGCUCUUGCUUCUCCACCACAAUCACCAAAACUUGGCUCAGCAAAACUCAAAGAUCCUUCAACACCAGCUAUGUCAUAUGGGACUCAAUCACCUACAACCCCUUUGGCACAGAGAUUGCCUCAACCGACUAAUCCUUAUUCUCCAUCAGCAGAGUCUGAUAUAAAUGUGCCGAAGAAGAGGGAUAAAUUCGCAGAAGGGAGAGUAUGGAAUUAUGUCCCUCUUCUAAUCUGUUCAAUAGUAGUCGUGGGAUGUGCUGGGUUUGUCAUGGCUUAUGGUCAAAGUGAUCCAAAAUCAAUAUUCGAUCGACAAGAUCGAGCUCUCGAAGUGGCUUGUGCUGGAUUUCUCUUUCUUCUCUGGCCAUUCGCCGCAAUCAUCUUUACCUUACUUCCCUCUGUCCCUAAUAGAGCAUGCGCCAACCCUGCCGCUUCCGCUGCUCCCACCAUAGACCCUGUCGGACAAUUAGAAGCUCAAAUGACUUGUUUUCUCAGUACGACAGUCAUCACUCUUGCUUGGUUUGCAAGUUGGCUCUUUUUCGCUCGUCUUCUAGGAUUAGUAUUCCCCAUGCCUGACAUGGAUCGUUUGCCGGUUUUACAAUCACAUUCGAAUUCAAAUGUUCCAGAAGCUAGACCUUUGUUGCGUAAUACUCCCGAAGCACGGCCGACUCCGGAACAUCCCAAGAUGGGUUGGGGGAGGAUCGUCGCUGGUGAAGCGUUCGAAUUGGGUGAAGCGGAGGAUGAUUGA